AGGGACAGCUGGGAAGAUGGCGGCUGUGGGUUUGACGGCUGUGGCUGCCUGGGUACCCUGUCGGAGCUGGGGCUGGGCAGCCGUCUCCUUUGGCCCACACCGUGGCCUCAGCGCGUUACUUCCACGGAAGCCCCAGCGGGCGCCCCGGUGGCUCCCAGUUUGCAGACAGAAGACAUCAGUCUCUUUCCUUAAUCGACAAGACCUCCCCAAACUGGCUUAUAAGAGGCUAAAAGGCAAAAGUCCAGGAGUUAUCUUCAUUCCUGGCUAUCGUUCUGAUAUGAAUGGUACAAAAGCAAUGGCAAUUGAGGAGUUUUGCAAAUCUCUAGGUCAUGCCUGUAUAAGGUUUGAUUACUCAGGAGUUGGAAGUUCGGAUGGCAAAUCAGAAGAAUGCACAGUGGGGAAAUGGAGAAAAGAUGUACUUUCUAUAAUUGAUGAAUUAGCUGAAGGACCACAGAUACUUGUUGGAUCUAGCCUUGGUGGAUGGCUUAUGCUUCAUGCUGCAGUUGCACGGCCAGAUAAGGUCGUGGCUCUUAUUGGUGUAGCUACAGCUGCAGAUGGCCUAGUGACACAGUUUAAUCAGCUUCCUGUUGAGGUAAAAAAGGAAGUGGAGAUAAAAGGUGUGUGGUCCAUGCCAUCAAAAUAUCAUGAAGAAGGAUUUUAUCACAUUCCGUACAGUUUCAUUAAGGAAGCAGAACACCACUGCUUGUUACAUAGUCCAAUUCCUGUGAACUGCCCUAUAAGAUUACUCCAUGGCAUGAAGGAUGACAUCGUACCUUGGCAUACAUCUAUGCAAGUUGCUGACCAAGUAGUCAGCAAAGAUGUAGAUGUCAUCCUCCGAAAACAUAGUGAUCAUAGAAUGAAGGAAAAAGCAGACAUUCAACUUCUUGUUUAUACUAUUGAUGACUUGAUUGAUAAGCUUUCAACAUAGUUCACUAGAAUCACAUUUUUAAUAGGUAUGUAAAUUAUUCAGAAGAUUGAAAACGAUACAGCAAAUCAAAGACCCUUAUACUGUAGGUUUUUCCCUCUUACCUCUAUUUUGUAAAUAUCAGAAAAGUAUUUAUUUAAUUAUGUCUUUGCACAAAUAGUACACAUUGUGAUGGAAGUACCAGCUGCUGUUUAGAAAAAUUUCUUCUUCCUUCARUCUUUGACUUUUUUCCGUUAAAAUAUUUCCUAUUUUUUAUUCAA